UGGUUGUCGUUCGACGAGAUCAACGACUUGGAACCCCAACACGAGGACAUCGUUGACCAGCUGGUCAUAGACUACGCGGGAGUGGAUCAUAGUGUAAUUGGGUACAGGGGCGGUAAGUUGGAUUUGUUCUCAACAGCGGAAGUUUUGACGAUUAACGGGGUGGAAUACAGGAAACGUCAGGCCUGGUCUACGACUCUGGAAUCAUCGGUUGUAUUUGUGGAGAAGCUCUCCGUAAGAGUGUGGCUGGGACCCCGUGGCCAAUGGGUGGUCGAUAUUCGUUACGGGUGGAAUUGGCUCAACCUCGGCACUUUCAGAACUGCCGAGGGCGCCCCCUUAAUUAGCCACUGAAUCUUUUAAAAGGUGGAGGGGAGGGGAGGAUCUUUUCGAUUACCCCCAACCCUUUCUAAUUGAAAACGGAUCACAGUCGCUGCAGUUGCCAAUGACGGCACAAGAAGAGAACCAAGAUGGUGGAAUUGGUUGUGAGGGAAUAAGGGAUUAUGCAAUGGCAGAUCAAGCUCAGUUUAAUUCCGGGUGUUUGGAAAAAAGAAAAACAAAGAAAAAGUACCCGGGGGAGGAGAGAAGAAACAAAAAAGUACAUGGAGUUAGAAUUGCAAUUCCUUUGGAUGAUAUCUUACAAACUAAGGGAAUGUGCCUUAAAGAUGCUGCAAAUUAUCUCAAAGUUAGCAACACUAAACUGAAGAGUUCUUGUCGGGAUUAUGGAAUCCCCAGAUGGCCACCUCGCAUUAAUGAACACGAACUUAUCCAGCAAUCUUUCCCUAAAGAAACUCCAGCGGUUGUCGAUCAAGAGGGAAUUCCACAGUUGACUUCUCAUAUUGUGCCUUCUAAUCAAGCCUUGAUGGCUACAGUUGACACAACUAGUGUUGUUGAAAAGGAAAUUCAACCGUCGCAGUUUUUGCCUACAACUCAACAAGAGAACCCUGAUGCAGGUUUUGGCAACAAUGAAGCUGAGGCAAUUGGAGUGGGGGUUGAGGAAACAUGGGAGGCUAUAAUGGAAGAGGCCCAAUUGAAUUCAGGGUGUUUGGGAAAAAAAGGGAAAAGGAAGGUAAAUACCCCAAGAGGAGAGAGCGGUAACAACAAAAUUAAUGGAGUUAGAAUUGCAAUUCCAAAGGAAGAUAUCUUACAAACUAAAGGAAUACGUCUUAUAGAUGCUGCGAAGCAUCUCAAAGUUAGCAAAUCUACGCUUAAGCGAAUCUGUCGGGGGUAUGAUAUCUACAGAUGGCCACCUCGCAAGGAACAAGAACUUAUCAGCCAAUCUCGCCCCAACAAAUUUCCCGCGGUUGUUGAUCAAGAGCAAAUCCCACAAUUGAAUCCUGAUACGUUGUUGCCUUCUAAUCAGGUCUCGUCUACUAGUAAUACAUAUAGUGUGAAGGUAAAGGUAAAGUGUGAAGAAGGAACAAUAAUAAAGUUUCGGUUGUCUAGUACAUGGCGAAAGGUAGAGUUGAAACAAGAAGUGAAAAAGAGGCUGCCAUUCGAGGUUGGAACUUACAACAUCAAAUACAAAGAUGAGGAUGAGGAGUUGAUUUUAAUAAGUUGCGAUGAGGAUUUAGCGGAAUGUAUCUCCAGUUUUAGCCCGGUGGGUAGCUGUUCGAUUGAGCUAUUUCUUAAACUAAAGUAGCUCUUGAUUUCGCUUUGGCCAACUUUAAUCUUGGUACCGGAGCAUUUACCCUUCUUAAUUUUACUUUGGAAGUGUUUGGUUAUGCAGUCAAAUUGUUUGGACGUCUCCAGAUCUAUUGCAUCGAAGAAGUGCAUUUACAGAUUAUCCAAUAGCUUGCUUGGUAU